CUCGGUUUCUCUGGAGAUGUCCAAGCAAGCUAGCAGCGAGCGAUCACGUUGCCCAUCUCGCUAUAUUCCCAAAAGCUUCCGAGGCCGAAGACCCCUGGGCUGCAAUUCAUGCAGACUCGCUCUCACUCUCGGAGCAACAGCUGCUGACUGCUGUUUCCAACGCUGCGUAGCAGCAGCGGCCCGUGAAGUUUGCUUGCGCUGUACAUUUGCACCAUGCAAGGGUCGAGGCCACAAUGUGGCGUGUAUAUUGGCCGGCCGCAGAUCAUCGGUUCCGAUUCAAACGCAACACGGGCUUUCGGCGCGUCGCCCAUGUUUCCGGAAAUCUCGUCCUAUCACAUUCUCGACGCAUGCAAUCCCACUCGUGGCUGAUACUGUUCUCUCGUGUUUGCAAUACAAUCCUGAUAAUUGUCGGGCAAUGCGCCCGUGGGCCGACUUCUUGCGCUGGAACCGUGGUAGGAUUUUGCACAGCGCUGGGCAAGGACAGAUCAGUUGAUUGGCAAGUCGAAGAAAGUCUCCACGAGCCCUGAUGUGUGUAUUCGCUAGGCGCGACCGGAUCGUGGGUACAAAUCGGACCUGUCCCAAUCAGGCCACUUGCUCGCUUAAUCUGUCACCUGCAACGCCUAUCGACUUCCGUCAAAACCGCGGUACCCCAGUCCACACGACAGUAUAAGAUGGCUGCUGAGGCUGCAAAUCCAUCGACCACGACUAAACUCCUCGACCGUCUGCCAUGCCCCAGCCCCGACUACGCAUCGCCAUCUGGCCGACCCAGCGGUGGAGGAAUCGGCGGACUCACUCUCGCCCUCGCGCUGUCCCGAUAUCCAGACAUCGAAGUGCAGAUCUACGAGGCAGCCAAGUCUCUGUCAGAAGUUGGCGCCGGUGUCGGCAUUUUCCCGCGGCCAUGGAAGAUCGUGCAGUUGCUCGGUCUGGACCACGAUCUGGCUAUGACAUGCGAGACGAAACCGGUAGAAGGACCCGUGGCCGGUUUCAACUACAGGAAGUCGGAUCAGGGUGCAGGGUUCGCAUUCUCGACGCUCGUCACGAAUGGAUCGUUGUUGACGUUCCACCGCGCGGACUUUCAGAACGUGCUGCUCAGCCACCUACCGUCGUCAACGCGAAUUCACAUGUCCAAGCGCCUGCACACCUUCGUCCAAAGACCAUCUGGGCCGACGGAGCUCGUCUUUGAGGACGGAACACGAAGCUUCUGCGACGUGCUGGUCGGCGCGGACGGCCUGAAAUCCAACACCCGGCGCGCGUUUCUCUCCGAGCGCAUCCGGUGGAUGCAGGACCAGGGCAGGUGGCAGGAGGCUAGAGAAAUCGAGACCUGCAUCGAGCCGGUGUGGAGCGGCUGCACGGCCUACCGCGCGCUCUUCCCUGCGGAACGUCUCCGAGCCCUGGCGCCUUCCCAUCAGGUGCUCACGAAAGGCACUCAGUACCUGGGCAAAGGCGCGUUUGUCCUCGGUUACCCAAUCCAGAACGGCAAGAUCAUCAACUUUGUCGCCUUCGACUUCCGGCACGAGCUCGAGGGAACGCCUUACGGCGGGCCGUGGAUGAGCCUCGGGGACAAGUCCCAAUUUGCGCACCUGUUUGAAAACUGGGAGCCGGAUGUACAGCUCCUGAUACAGUGCGUCGACCAGGCGGCGACUUGGGCGAUCCAUACCGUCAAGCCCCUGCGUUCGUUUGUUUCCGGGAGCGUAGCGCUUCUCGGCGAUGCGGCUCAUGCCAUGCAGCCACACCAGGGCUCCGGAGCAGGUCAGGCCAUGGAGGUGAGAAGCGCAGUCCAUUCGAUCGCCGGCCUCGUCCCUGCUCACGCGUCUCUCCGCCAGGACGCAUAUAUCCUAGCAACAAUUCUCGGCGACGCAUCCACGACGCGUGAGACUCUCGGACGUUCACUGCGCAUCUACGACGAGAUCCGCCGCCCCGCCGCGCAGCACAUCGCUAGCGCCUCGCGCUUAAACGGGCGCUACUUUAGUUUCGAGGAGGACCCGAUGGACGGGCUGGAGGGUCAGCAACUGUGGGACCGGCUGCAGCAUCUCUACCAGCGCGUAGUGAAGAACUGGGAGUGGGCGUGGACGACAACCAUUGACGACCAGGUGAAAGAAGCUCUGCGGCAACUCAAACGCGCCUCUCGAUGAUAAUUUUAAGCUUAUACACGCCCUUGACCCCGGUUGCCAUAUAUCCCUACAUAAUCUACAGCACGCUCACACUUAGAUCUAUUCGCUCAUGUGUACAACAGCCAUCAAUUCAUCAUCUUUCGACCCGA